GUUAACGCAAGAAGAAACAACACAAUGUGUUUUGUUUGUUUGUUGUUAUUUUUUUGGUAGCCAAAUCCAUUUUGUAUCCUGGUUGGGCUAUUUAUGUGUAAUUAAAUGGCAUUCGGGCAGCAUGGUACCCUAGUGGUUAGCACGUUUGCCUCACGGUUCUGACAAUCUGGGUUUGAAUCUCAGCUUUGCUUUGGCCUCCCAGUGUGGAAUUCGCAUACUCGGAAUGUGGGAGGAAGACAAGAGUACCUGCUGGACACAGGAAGCCCUGAGCCCGGAUUCAAACCUCACCUCAGAACUGUGAGAUAUAUGCUAAGCACUCAUCCACAGUGCCACCCGCAAUAACUACACUUUCGUCAGCUGUCUUCCACACUUGCGACUCCCUGUUCAAACUCAUAAACAACUCCAGCCAAGGUCUCCAGCGUGUCACAACAAGACGUCGCGUUGUGUCGAAGGUGAUAGCGCUCUCAUUUUCUUCCGCGUUCUGAAUUCAAAGCAUCGUUGAACUGGGUUUGUGUUGGAGGGCCGCAGAUAACCUCCUAUUGACAGGCAAGUUAAUUGGACUUUUGGUCAAAGGAGGAGAUCAUGUGAAAGAAGGUCUGGACACCAAAGCCUGAGGAAAUCAUGUGUAAUUUCCAGAUGACCUUCAGCUGAAACAGCAGGCGGAUGAGCAAGGUCAUUCAUAGAAAAGGGAAGCUCAUUCGACAACAUGGACAUCUAGGCUAAUUGCAACCGUCUCGCUCAUCCUGCUGUCAAGCAUCAGAAUUGGAAGGUCAAGACUGUCAUUACCAUAGAAUUGAUUUCUGAGAAGAGUAUGCACAAAGGGAAGAGCCCUGAGUCCAUGCAUUGCACAUCACUCCGUGGAGCUUUCCGAUGCAGCCACGAGAAUGACUGGUCUCACAGCACUUACUGGCACACGCUGAUGGGAAAAUCAAUAGGAGCAGUGACGUCAGAGAACUGGACUACAUUUCCCAACAACGCCAAUUGUCGGGAUGACGUCACAGGCAAGCGCCCAUAACCUUGUGGUUGUGUGUGCUGAGGAAACAGCCCGUCUAAAGGUUUUAUUUAGCAAAAACUGACGAACAAUGAGCAAGUACGUGUUACCAGUUUCUUUUUUGGGAACUGUUGUUGGAUGUGCUGUCUUACUGAAGUGAGUAACUCUUGAAUGCGCACAGCCACUGGACUAUAUAACUUCAUGUACAGUACUGUACAUUAUAAUCCCGUGUUUAUUGUGUUUGUGGUGGCUUGUUUACACAUAAUUUCGUUUUUUUGUUUUGUUUUUUAUUAACCUAGUGGGAUAAUUAUUUGAUUUCUAUCUGUCUGACUGUCUAUCUAGUCAUCAAGUCAGUCAACUGUAUGCUAGUGGAGAGAAUACAAAGUAAUUCAUGUCAUUUUUAGUCCAUGAUUAUUAUUUUUUUGUCCUACAUUAAUGAAUUGUAUUCUAAGAAAUGACAGGAAAAGCUGCUUCCCAAUGACCGCUUAUAAUUUCACAAUUUUAAACAUCGAUCGAUCAGUUUUCUGGAGCUUUUCCUCAUUAGGGCAACCUAUCCUUCCCAGCUGACUUCAGGUGAGAGGGGGGAGAUGCACCCCGGACCAGCCAAUCACAGUGUCCACAUAUUGACGAACAAUUUAGACAAUUUAUUGCCUUUAAUGAACCCAGCAUGCAUGUUUUUGAAAUGUGGGAGGAAGCCCAGAGGAGAACGUGUCAACUCCACACAUUCAAGCCGGAACUGAAAUCCAAAGGCCUAACCUCGGAAUUAACCAUUCGGUCACCGUGCUGCCAAAAUGAACCAUGUGACCGGGGGUCGGUGUCCCAGCAAAGCCAAGCUAAAUGGGAAGACGGUGAUUAUAACGGGGGCCAACACAGGCAUCGGCAAAGAGACGGCACGGGAACUGGCCCUGAGAGGGGGUCGGAUCAUUAUGGGAUGUCGAGACAUGGAGAAAUGCGAGGCGGCUGCAAAAGAAAUCCGGGGUAGCACCCUGAAUCCUCAUGUUUAUGCCUGCCACCUUGACUUGGCCUCCAUGAAAUCCAUACGAGAGUUCGCCGAGAGGAUCAAAAAAAAGGAGCAGCGUGUGGAUGUGCUCAUCAACAAUGCGGGGGUCAUGAAAUGUCCUGCCUGGAAAACAGAGGAUGGCUUUGACAUGCAAUUUGGAGUUAAUCAUUUAGGCCACUUCUUAUUGACCAAUCUUCUGCUGGAUAGGUUAAAAGAAUCCGCCCCCAGCAGAGUGAUCAACCUGGCCUCGCUUGCCCACCUUGUUGGAAAGAUGGACUUUGAGGACCUGAACUGGGAUAGGAAAAAGUUUAAUACCAAGCAGGCGUACUGUCAGAGCAAGCUUGCCAAUGUUCUCUUCACCAGAAAGCUGGCCAAGCGUUUACAAGGUACAGGAGUCACGGUGAAUGCUGUCCACCCCGGGGUUGUUUCCACGGAGCUCGGCAGGCACACUGGCCUGCACCAAUCGCAACUCUCCACCACUGUGCUCAGUCCCUUUUUCUCCCUAUUGGUGAAGAACCCAGAACUGGGGGCCCAGCCCAGCAUCUACCUGGCAGUAGCUGAGGAGCUCGACGGGGUGACGGGACGCUACUACGACGUGUUGACAGAAAAGGAGCCAGCUCCCCAGGCCAUGGAUGAGGAGGCAGCUCGCAGGCUAUGGGAGAUCAGCAGCAGGCUGGUGGGUCUGGAGGAGGACAAAGGACAGUCCAGCAAGUCCAGCCAGGACAAGCUGCCAGCACAGAGUCGGCAGACACAUGGACAGAACCCAGGACCAGUUGUUGGAGCUGUGGGGCUGUAGCACGUCUACUCUACUGCCUCGGCCCGGCAGCGACAGCGGACUCCAGUGGUGCCCUGACGUACAAGUUUAAGUUGUUUGACGAACAUGCUCGUAACUCAAAACACCCGUACCUCAAAUCGGCUUUUCCCCUUGAAAUGAAUAGAAAUGCAAAACAAUAGCACUAUAGUAUUUUACUUUUUAAAAAAGUACAGUAAUAACAUGAUUAAAUGAAUGUAAAUAAUUAAACAGCUUGUGCGUCAUGAUUUCUUGUUUUAAAUCAUGAUGCUACUCUUUCAGCUGUGUGUCUCUUGGCCACCAGGGGCCAGUAUAAUACAAACAAUGUACAUUUGAUGAUAAUACACAGAAGAAGACCAUUGCAACUAAACUGGAGUAAUAUUAGCCUGUGAGUACU